UCUUUUAAGAUUCGGCAUACCACCGUGACAAUUUUCUUUCAAAAACCGGUCUUUAAUUGUUAUUAGUUAUUACACAGACAAGUAUCCUGCUGCAAACGCUGUAGCUUCAGUCACAUAGAAUAUGCACGCAAAAACGCAUGCGUUUGCAGUAAAUGUGAUUAAGUCCUCAUAUGGUGCUUAUUUAAGCUAUGUAACUCAAUUAACCGAAAACAUCUACAGGUUUGCAACACCACUAAAAUACUUCACUGCUUCACGAAGUGAAGAUGGCCUCUCUUCCGCGCACAUCAUUUAAUUUUGAUCACUACGAUCCGGAAGCAUCGGUGCGCACCAUACUCCAGCAUUUCCGCCCGGAUUGGUUUGAGCGACUGGAAAGUGAGCGCUUAAAAAUCGAAGAUGUCACCGGUGGUUAUACCAAUAAACUCGUGGUGGUAUAUUUUGACGAGGAUCCGCUGGAGAAAAUUCUGAUCAGGAUUCACGGAGAAGACACCGGGAAAAAUAUUGACCGCAAGGCCGAGCUACGAACUCUGCAAAUCCUGUGGGAAAUCUGUGGGAAAGUGUACGGUGUGUUUGGAAAUGGCAUGUGUUAUGAGUAUGUCAAAGGAGAAGCGCUGGAGCAGGAAAUGACGGCCGAUCCACACAUCAGCAUGCUCAUCAUCGAGAAACUGUUAAAAAUAGGUGCAAUUGCACUGCAUUUACCGUCAGAAGGGAUCCCAUCCGCGCACUUCCUCUUCGACAAACUUCACACCAUGCUGCGGCAAUCUCCCAAAACAUUCAGCGAUCCGACUACUGAAAACACAUUUCGCUCGCUGAACUUCCCGAACCACAAAUACUUCGAAGCCGAAGUUAAUUUCCUGCAGACCGUCCACGAGAGCAACGUCUCCCCGGAAGUCUUCUGCCACAAUGACCUUUUCUACCGCAACAUCCUGUACGAUGAGGACGCCGACCAGAUCCGCUUUAUCGACUUCGAGUACGCCGGUCUCAACUAUCAAGCGUACGAUAUUGGCAAUCACUUCAACGAAUGGUGCGGCGUGGAUGAUGUGGAUUACAGUCGGUAUCCUAGCCGGGAAGUGCAGAUGGUCUGGUUGCGCUAUUAUCUGCAAUGCUGGCAUCACGCCCAUGGACGGGAGGAAGAGACGGUGGACGAGGAGGAAGUGGAGCGAAUGUAUUUGACGGUCAACCGGUUCGCGCUGGUGGCGCAUCUGUUCUGGAUUAUCUGGAGCUUCCAGCAGGCGGAGUCAUCCAGUAUUGAGUUUGAUUAUCUUACAUAUGGCAAGAAACGGCUGGAUGAAUAUCAGAAGCGGAAAGCAGUACUGUUUUAAUACUUUGUACACUGCAUCCGUUUAAGUUAUAGCUACUUUAAUAGCAUAAGUCCAGGUUGUUGACGGAUCGUGGUAUUUUACUUUGUUGUAUGAUACACUUUGUACCUGAAGGCUUUCUCAACAGUUCUAUGGGAGUGGAAACAGUAAUAAAGAAGUUUUUGGUUUCUAUUGAA